AUGAAAUGGGUGUUGAGAGCACGUUACAUAAUACGACGUGCUGAAGGCUGGGGGAUUCAUCCAUAUUUUCUUUUUUUGUGCUCACAAAAUAGCGUUUAAAAGUACUUUUUAAAACAACAGGCUAACCGCAUCUUUCACUAACAAAGGAGAGGGGUCGCGUUUGUCAUCAGCGGGAUUUAUGUUGAAUUAGUGCGCCGCUAUUGGACCCUCUCCCCGCGGUCACGUGACCCGCCAGCAUCGCUCCUCUCCGCCCGCGAACAGCUGUGAGAGAGAGACGCCGUGCAGCAGGGCUCUUCAGAAACACACCGCGCGCGACACGGACGAAAUGGGAGUGGAGCUCGAGACCAUAACCCCCGGAGACGGGAGGACUUUCCCCAAAAAAGGACAGACCUGUGUGGUGCAUUAUGUCGGCUCUCUGACAGAUGGACGGAAGUUCGACUCUUCCCGUGACCGUGACAAGCCAUUUAAGUUCAAGAUUGGUAAACAGGAAGUUAUCCGUGGCUGGGAGGAAGGAAUUGCACAGAUGAGUGUGGGCCAGCGUGCAAAGCUGACCUGUUCACCUGAUUUUGCCUACGGUAAUAAAGGCCAUCCCGGGAUUAUUCCCCCAAAUGCGACCCUCAUCUUCGACGUGGAGCUUCUCAGUUUGGAGUGAUUUAAUGCAUUAACAAUGCCUUUUGUCAAUUUUGGAUUCUAUUACAAAUGCUUAAGUGUCAAAAGGUUUAGUCUUAACAUUAGAAGCCUGAUUAAAUCAAUUCUCUCUUUAUGUCAGGCCAUAUUUUAGUUUUUAUUUUGAUUCUAAGCUUUAUUGAGCAUCCUACCCCACAGUUUUUGGCACAUUACGUACAAAACAGUGCUUUAUCUUAUCGGUUCUCCGACAUUUUAUUUUUUGCGUUGGUCAAAUUACACCAGAAAUGAUUCUUUAGCUCCUUUUAAUUUGAAUCCAACAUUCUUCCUGUCUGAUUGCUCUGAUACCACCAAAAACCUUGCAAUGUCCUUAAUCUUGAACUUGAAUGCUUGAAGGAACCCUUUAGACUUCUUGUGACUUUUUCUUACACUGUGAUCGUCGUCGGCUUGAGACCAAGUACAAACUUGCUAAAGAAUCUGUGGCUCUAUCCCCGAACAGCAAUCGAAAAAAGAAAUAAAUCUUAUUAGAUCAUGUUUGUAAUAUAAACACUUAGAUUGAAUAAAUACAUCAAUUGCGUUCAACGCUUUUUAAAACAAAAUAUGUCAGUACUGAAUUUAUUUGUAGUUUGAACAGGCUCGCUGGUUUUAAUUAGACAAAAAAGAAGCAAAAUCUUGUGCCUCCUUGUGUGUUAGACAUCUGCCAGAAUACCGCUGGUUUUGUAUAUCUGCAAAGUGACCAUAUCAACUGAAAAAGUGCCAUCACAUUACCUGAAAUAAAACUUUACUAUAGA